AUGGCGUUCGAGCCUCUGCGGGAAUCGUUUGAAUUGAUCAAGGCGUCGGUGUCUCUAAACCCAGGCUUCGAUCGGCGGAUGAUGAUUUUCAACGCGGCUGUAGGCAGUAAAUCGGGUAGCUUCACAAAUAUCGUCACAGGACGCAUCGGAAACCGUGGAAAUACGAGAAUUUUACACACGACCACGACAACCGUCUUGUUUGAUAUUGCCGAAGAUCAUCCGCCUGCACGACAAGCACAGGUAGAAGACCUUCUAGAUGCCAGCGGCAAGGAUAUAGUGCCAGACCCUGAAAAAGAAAAGUCUUCGAACAAAUCAACAAAUUCGAAAUCCUUUUUCAAUGUAUCACGCGUAACCAGCGGAGUGCAAGAACAAUCCGGUGGUGUCGUUUUCUUCUAUGAUGACGAGGCUGAAGCAGAACAUGAACGAGAACGGGUAGAUCGUGAUGAAAAUGGGCAUCAACAACAACAAGGACAAAAUUCAACAUCCUCCCAACCAUCAACAACUCUACUGCGUCAACCCCUUGCGAUUCCGGAGAAUACGGUACCAGAAUUUGCCUUGUCGGAUAUUGUGGACUUGGCGGGAGCUGUGGCAGCAAACAUCGGUCUCGUGAAAAUCGACAGUGAAGGCAGCGAGUGGGACGUGCUACGUGGACUGGACUCCCGGAAGCAUGUGUGCGCAGGACGCUUUCCAAG